GGGGCUGGACUGGAGUCUGCGCGCUCCAGGGCUGGGGGCCCCCUUGAAACCGGCUAAUUGGGGCUGAAGGGGGCUGGAGCCGCACAAAGGAGGGAGCUCCGGGACUUGGCCGGUCUGGCUGCGGGCAGGGCGCCCGGCGGCUGUCCCGGGACUCGGCUGCAGACUCCAGCGCGAACUUUGCCGGGCCCAGGAGGGGCGGCUGCUCCGCGCGGCGCUCGCUCGCUCGGCCCGCCCGAGGCGCGUUAGCUCGGGAAAGGCGGCGGCGGCGGCACCGGCACCAUGCGCCCGUCCAGCGUCCUGCACCGCUUGGCCUCGCUACUGCUGUGGCUGAACGUGCUGGGCCUGGGCCGGGGCCAGUUCCAUGGGGAGAAGGGCAUCUCCAUCCCGGACCACGGCUUCUGCCAGCCCAUCUCCAUCCCGCUCUGCACCGACAUCGCCUACAACCAGACCAUCAUGCCCAACCUGCUGGGCCACACCAACCAGGAGGACGCGGGGCUGGAGGUGCACCAGUUCUACCCGCUGGUCAAGGUGCAGUGCUCGCCCGAGCUCAAGUUCUUCCUGUGCUCCAUGUACGCGCCGGUGUGCACGGUGCUGGAGCAGGCCAUCCCGCCCUGCCGCUCCAUCUGCGAGCGGGCGCGCCAGGGCUGCGAGGCGCUCAUGAACAAGUUCGGCUUCCAGUGGCCCGAGCGCCUGCGCUGCGAGAACUUCCCCCGCCACGGGGCCGAGCAGAUCUGCGUGGGGCAGAACCACUCGGAGGACGGCGGCUCCCCGGCGCUGCUCACCAGCCCGGCGCCGCUGCCCGGCCAGGGCACCCCGGGCGCGCCGCGCUACGCCACGCCGGAGCACCCGUUCUACUGCCCGCGGGCGCUGCAGGUGCCCAGCUACCUCAACUACAAGUUCCUGGGCGAGAAGGACUGCGCGGCGCCCUGCGAGCCGGCCCGCGGCGACGGCCACAUGUUCUUCAGCCAGGAGGAGGUGCGCUUCGCCCGGCUCUGGAUUCUGGUCUGGUCCGUGCUCUGCUGCGCCUCCACCUUCUUCACGGUCACCACCUACCUGGUGGACAUGCAGCGGUUCCGCUACCCGGAGCGGCCCAUCAUCUUCCUGUCGGGCUGCUACACCAUGGUGUCGGUGGCCUACAUCGCGGGCUUCGUGCUGCAGGAGCGCGUGGUGUGCAACGAGCGGUUCCAGGAGGACGGGUACCGCACGGUGGUGCAGGGCACCAAGAAGGAGGGCUGCACCAUCCUCUUCAUGAUGCUCUACUUCUUCAGCAUGGCCAGCUCCAUCUGGUGGGUCAUCCUGUCCCUCACCUGGUUCCUGGCCGCCGGCAUGAAGUGGGGCCACGAGGCCAUCGAGGCCAACUCGCAGUACUUCCACCUGGCCGCCUGGGCCGUGCCGGCCGUCAAGACCAUCACCAUCCUGGCCAUGGGGCAGGUGGACGGGGACCUGCUGAGCGGGGUCUGCUUCGUGGGGCUGCACAGCCUGGACCCGCUGCGCGGCUUCGUGCUGGCCCCGCUCUUCGUCUACCUCUUCAUCGGCACCUCCUUCCUGCUGGCCGGCUUCGUCUCGCUCUUCCGCAUCCGCACCAUCAUGAAGCACGGCGGCACCAAGACCGAGAAGCUGGAGCGGCUCAUGGUGCGCAUCGGGGUCUUCAGCGUCCUCUACACCGUGCCCGCCACCAUCGUCAUCGCCUGCUACUUCUACGAGCAGGCUUUCCGCGAGCACUGGGAGCGCAGCUGGGUCAGCCAGCACUGCAAGAGCCUGGCCAUCCCCUGCCCGCUGCACUACGCGCCGCGCAUGACCCCCGACUUCACCGUCUACAUGAUCAAGUACCUCAUGACCCUCAUCGUGGGCAUCACCUCGGGCUUCUGGAUCUGGUCCGGCAAGACGCUGCACUCCUGGCGGAAGUUCUACACCCGCCUGACCCACAGCCGGCACGGCGAGACCACGGUGUGAGCCGGGCGGGCCAGACCCGGAGCCGCGCUGCAGGCAGGAGGGGAGCGGGCCGAGGGGGGCGGGGGAGGAAAGUAUUUAAAACUUUUUUUAUUCGAAUCUAAACCACCUUUUGAUUUUUUUUUUAGGUUCAUUAACGUCCAAGGGUGUCUUGUAAUUAGACCUGUAAAUAGCAUUUGUAAAUGGAAUUAUAUAUUUCUAUUUAAAAACAAAAGGCAACCCGCAGAGAUCCAGAAACUCUUGGGGAGGAGCGGCUCGGCUCGCCGCCUCUCUUUGGUACUAAAGUGUCGGGUUUUUUCCCUUUUCUCGGCCUUGGCAAUCUCUCCCCUCUCAAUGGAGCCAUAGAGACGGAUUUUCUGUUUGUGUUGGCUGUGGGGGAAUGCUUUCAGUUGAACUUCCAUAAAAACCAGACCUGUAAUCGCGUUUCCCCUGAUGGGCACAUUCUGGAAGCUGUUCUGUAUUAAAGGCAGACUUUGAUUUUAUUUGUUUUAAAGUAUCCUUCUCCCUCUUUUGGAAGUUUACCAAGAAGCUUUUUUUAAUAUGAAGAGACUUAUGAAGAGGGGCUGCCUCCCCCUCUUAUCCUAGCAGCUGACUUGAGUGGGGUGGCCUGGCUCUGAGGAUCUGGUAAUGGUUUUUGCUAAGGCUCUUCUACCCAACUAGACUCCAGUGAAAGGCACGUGGGAUUGAUUCAUGAAGAAAGCACACCCCAGUUCAGCGCUUUUAUCAACCCCCUUCUUUAACUUUUGCCUUAAAGCUACUUCUCUGGCAUUGUACAUUUCUCUCUCCCCAAAUGCUGUGUACAGAAGUUUCUUUCUAAACUACAUGUCCUUAGUAAGCAGUCUGUUCUUUGCAAGUACAACUGAGUUUAAAAACAAACAAAACCCCCAAACCCUACUUCUGAGGGUUUUUUCCUAACUCAAGAGCUGUAAUCCAAAUUAUAAAACCUUAGCAAUUGACACUUGAGAUUUUUGUGGUGUGGUGCUCUUUCAUUCAGGUAGGCAUCAUUUUAAGCAAUAAGUGGGUUGGGAAGGAUCUUUUUACUUAUGGGGGGGGGAGGGGAAGUGGCUCUCAUUUUAAAGUUACUGCUUGCAAAAAAAACAAAGAAAACCCCCAGAGGGUUACUGUGCCUUUUCAGUGUUUGCUGAUGUGUUCUGGAAUCCUACAUCUGAAAACUCCUAGAAAGUUUAACAGAUUUUUCUGUGAAAUAAAGGUGAAGACUCUUUUGUAA